AUGAAGUCGAAUGUAGUAUAUUAUGUUAAAUGUAAUGACUGUGAACAUUCUUAUAUUGGCAAGACUGAACGUCAAUGUAUACGAAGAUUAAAUGAACAUGGUGCACCAAAAACAGCCUAUCAACAACAAUGCAACCAUGUGAGUGAUGAUCUUAAUCAUAACAGCAACAUCCAAGAAUUAAGAAGAUCAUCACGAAUAAGAAACAAAACAACAAUAACAAAUGACAACAGCAGCGAUAAGAAGAUUGAUAAGUCAUCAAUUCAUCAACAUGAAAAAGAAACAGGUCAUCGAAUGAACUGGAGUAAUUUUCAAAUAGUAUGA